AUGGCAUCGAGCAAGUUCUCGCACGAUGGCCUGGAGUGUCGCAAUCAAAUGCUUGGUCCUAAAGGGUUGACGCGCUAUACGGGUAAGGUUGCACCAUUUCUAACAUCAAUUAGUUUUAGAUCAACCAGUAGCGCUGAUGCUCAACAAGUGGUAUCAGAGCCAGUAGCGAGUGUUCGAUUCUCUCAGGGAGCAAUUUCUGAGGGGGGGUUGUUGGGGGUCAGAAAUGACAUCGACCAAGUCCUAGCACGAUGGCCUGGAGUGCCGCAAUCGAAUGCCUGAUGGAGCAAAUCCAAAUCCAAUUCUAUAAAUGGAACCAUUGGCUUUGGGAGAACACCACUUGCAAGAAGCAUUGCAAGACGAGUGGGUCAUGAUGAUUUUACAGCCAUGGCUGAUGCUCCUAGAGACACUUUGUUAGCAAGUAGGACUACUGUGCCAAGAGAGCUCCAUGAUUUCAAUGCCAAAUCGUCUUGCAAGAUUUUAGACAAAUCGCGCACAUCAAAUGUCUACAUCUCUUCUCAAAAUACAGAUGAUCCAGACGAUGAAACCUGGAGGAUAAAACUUGAACUGAAGAAAUCGAUGGAUAUGUAUCACUCGCUUUGCAAAGAAGCAACAAAUGCUAAACCAAAGGAAACCGAGAUUUAUCAACAGAUGCCACCUGAGGCAGCAGAAGCUGCAAGAGCUAUGUUGGAGGUGGAGAAACAGAAGAGCAAAUCCGCCAUUGAAGCAGCACAAAAAGCUCAACUUCUAGCAGAACUCGAAGCUCAUAAAAGAAGAAAGGCAGAACUCAAAGCCGAACACGAAGCAUCAGAAAGAAAAAAACUCAUUAUCACUCCAACCAAAUCCAACACUCAGUACAGAAAAUACACAAUUGAAGACAUAGAAAUCGCCACAGACUACUUCUCAAAUACCGUAAAAAUCGGUGAAGGAGGAUACGGACCUGUUUUCAGAGGCAAUCUCGAUCACAUCUUCGUCGCCAUUAAAGUCUUACGUCCAGACAUCUCACAAGGCGAAAGUCAAUUCCAAAAAGAAGUCGAGGUCUUAACCUGUAUACGACACCCUCACAUGGUUCUCCUCAUGGGCGCAUGCCCUGAAUACGGCUGUCUCAUCUACGAAUACAUGGAAAACGGAAGCUUAGAAGACCGACUCUUCAGAAAAAACAACACCCCAGUCCUCCCAUGGAGUCUCCGUUUCAAAAUCUGUUUCGAAAUCGCCGCCGCCCUUCACUUCCUCCACCAAACCCGACCCCAACCGCUAGUCCACCGUGACCUAAAACCAGGAAACAUUCUGUUAGAUCGGAACUUUGUGAGUAAAAUCAGCGAUGUAGGGUUAGCGAGACUGGUUCCGCCGGAAGUGGCGGACGAUGGCGCCCAGUACCACCACAUGACGGCGGCGGCGGGGACAUUUUGUUAUAUUGAUCCGGAGUAUCAACAGACGGGGAUAUUAGGGACCAAGUCGGAUAUUUAUUCGUUUGGGGUGAUUUUGUUACAGGUGAUUACUGCGAAGAGUCCGAUGGGGUUGACUCACCAGGUUUCGAAGGCGAUUAAAGAAGGGAAGUUUGUAGAUGUUGUUGAUCCGGCGGUGGCUGAUUGGCCGGUUGAGGAGACGUUGUGUUUAGCGAAACUUGGUUUGCAGUGUUGUGAUAUGAGGAAGAAGGGUAGGCCGGAUCUCGGGUCGGUUAUUUUGCCUCAACUUAAACGGCUUGUGGACCGUGGUAAUUCUUCAUAA